UCGACAUUUCUGCCAGCAGAGGGCGCCCCCUUCCAGAAUUACUCCUACUUGUCUGUGACGUCAUCCCGUUCAGUCACGUGACGAGCGGAUCGCUGCAGAGAGAUCUGCAGCUGGAAAUCGAAACUUUACAUGGGCGAUGUACAGAAACGCCACCGGGCACCAAACCUCCGCGUGUUUUCUCGGUUUUUCUUAAACAUAUCUUCGUUUUAGCUCGGCAAAUAGUUCGCGGUAUUUUUUUUGAGCUCACUCACCACUUGUUUUUAAACUUUGGGUCGGUUCAAUGAACUUCCUCUCUUCCAUCAGCGAGGAACAUGGACCCUACCAGAGAAAAACGCAAGGAGGACAUUAGGAAGGCUCUGGCUUUUAUACAGUCCUCCCUUGCUUACCCAGAUCCAGAAGGCUAUCAGGAUUACCUGACCCAGUUGGUAUGCAACCUGCUGGAGGAGGGAAACGCCUUCUUCAAGGACGGAUUGUGGGAGCAGGCAGCCAGGGAGUUCACCGAGGGUUUGAAUGUGUCGAUCUACGCUGAAUCAGAGGAGAUCCAGAUCCCUGAAGCUUUGCAGGAGAGCCUGUUUGUCAACAGAGCUGCUGCCUACCACAGCAUGGGAAAGUAUGAUAAAGGCAUUGAGGACUGCAACAGCGCGCUGGAGGUGUGUAAGGAAAGCCGCAGAGCUCUGUACAGGAAGGCUCUGUGUCUGAAGGAGCUCAGGAGGUACAGGGAGGCGUACGACUGCACCUCCGAGUGUCUGCUCAGCUGUCCUGAGGACAAGCAGGGGAAGGAGCUCGCUCAGGAACUGACCGUCCUGUUGGGACUGAAAACCCGGAAGCCGUACGUGAGCACAAAAGUGAGAACGACGCAGAGGGAACUUAUAAUCUCCACCCAUAUUUUGUGAUGUGGAUGUAAAUAAUCACAAAAGAGGGGAAUAGUCAGUGUGCAAAUUCUUUGAUUUAAUUCCUUUUAACGUAAAUGCAAAGUGAAAAAAAGUAUGAGGACCAGAGUGCAGA